AUGGAUUUACUAACUAACAUCGAUGAUUUGGAAGAACACCAAUUUGAAGAGGAAGAGCUUGCCGGUUACAUCGAACAGUUUAAAUUAAUAGAUGAAAAAGAAACUGGCCAAAUAAGAACUAGUUCACUGCAAGAACUGUUUCUUGCUGUCAAAUUGAAAAUUCCUAUUCCUCAUGUGAAGAUAAUGAUAGAAAAAGUCGAAGUCCUUGGUCAUGUAUACAUAAGCUGCGACACCUUCCUAAGGCUUUUAUGGCUUAGAGUCAAAAUGAAUAACAGGGCGGCGGAGGUCAAAGAAGCUUUUCGUUAUUUCGACGUGGAGGAAAGUGGUUAUAUGCCUGUUGCUCAGUUACGAGAUAUUAUGAUGACUUAUGGCGAACCCCUAACUGAAGAAGAGCUAAUAGAUAUGAUGAGAUUUGCUGAUUUCUUUGGCGAUGGCAUGGUCGACUACAAUAAUUUCGUUAACAUGAUGGUUUAUCAUUAA